AAAAGACAUUUGCUUAUUGGGAGGAUAUCGUAGAGGAAAGAAGAGCUUUGAUCAAUUCUUCAACAUGGUCGUCAGAGCAAGCACAAUCUUUCUUGGAUCGCUUGCUAGAAAAUGGUUUCUCAAACAAUCAGAUAAAUCAGUUGGUUACGGAAUUAUUCGUAGCAGGAACAAAUACAACACACACUUCAGUUGUGUGGGCUCUGACCGAGUUCGUGAGACACAAAGAGGUCAUGUCGAAAAUAGUAGAUGAGAUUAAAAGAGAGAUCAACUUGAAUAAAAUCACUGACUCGCAACUAUCCAACUUACCUUAUCUACAAGCGAGUAUCAAAGAAGCCAUGAGAUUACACCCACCGGUGCCUCUUCUUCUUCCACAUAUGGCGGCUGAAACUUGUGAGGUUAUGAAUUACACAAUUCCUAAGAACUCCAAAAUAUUUGUCAAUCUUUGGGCGAUGGGCCGAGACCCUAAAGUUUGGGAUGACCCAUUAUCUUUUAAACCCGAAAGAUUUAUGGACUCGAAAUUGGAUUUGAAAGGUCAAGACUUUGAGUUAUUGCCAUUUGGUUCGGGGAGAAGGAUGUGUCCAGGAAUGCCCUCAGGUAUCAAAAGUGUUCAACUUGUAUUGGCAUCUUUGAUUCAUGAGUUCGACUUGAUUCUUCCAAAUGAUGUUGAUCCUAUGAAGCUCAACAUGAAUGACAAAUUCGGGAUUGCUUUGAAAAUGGAGGAACCUUUGAAGCUAAUCUUCAAACAAAAAAGAGAGCCUCAAURUGCUUAAUUCGUAUUGGAUUUCCUGUCAUAUAUUUGUAUCUAAAAGUUAAUCGAUGAAUUCAUGCUUAUUUCAUAUGUAAUUCAARUUAUUUUAUGUAUU